AUGAGUUUCAGAGGAGGAGGCGGCCGCGGUGACUGGCUCAACCCACUGUACAAUGAGAACUAUAAUGCUAUAAAAGUGACCGAACUGAAAGAACGCCAACUCAAACUCAUCGAUUGCUACCUGAAUCAAGUGUUACCGAUGAAAACGGAAAUUCCAGCUCUCCGUUAUCGACAUGACGUUUUGGCAAUGAUCUCUGUCGGAGAAUGGGUCUUCUAUGCUUUCUUCCGCGUUUGCUAUUCAAUCUAUCAUCUGUCAUACAACUGGUCUAACAAGGAGAUUCGAGAAGUUGACACUAUGGACGCUGCAAUCUCUGGAGCCGUGUUUUUGUUUUUCAGUCUGUGGCUGAUCUACUGGUAUUUUUCAAAGUUGGCUACGUCUCCUGUUAAACACACAAAGCAAGCUGACUGUGGAGCAGUCCACUUCUGA